GUCGUUUCUCUCUCAUUCUCUCUCUCUCACUCUCUCCUUCUCCUGGCCCCCUCCCCUCGUCCGUCCGACACGGGCAUAAUAAGCUAGGCUGACUGGACUGGACUGACCGACCGACGGGGAGCAUCACAUCCGACGCAGGCAGCCCAACCCACAGUUUCGGGAGCGGAGGGCAGGAGCAGAGCAUACGAUGUCGAUGGCGACGAUGAUGUCAAGAGCCACAACGACGACAGGGGUUGGCUUGGGGGAGGGGGAGGGGGAUCGUGGUUCGGCCAACUUAUCUUCGAUGGCGCCCCUCCUCCCAACUGCCGCCGACGACGGGGAUAUGCAGUCGUCAGCGGGCCACCGUUCGUCCGUCGACACACCCAUUCCAUUCCACCCCAUCCAUCCCCUCUCCCCCCUCUCUAUCCGCCUAUUAGUCAGUAAGGAAUCCCGUCAGGCAGACAGGCAGGCAGACAGUCAGUCAGUAGGGAGGCAAGCAUUCUCUCUCUCUCUCUCUCUCUCUCUCUCUCUCUCUCUCUCUCUCUCUCUCUCUCUCUCUCUCUCUCUCUCUCUCUCUCUCUCUCUCUCUCUCUCUCUCUCUCUCUCUCUCUCUUCCUCUAGCUCUCCCCAACUGCCCACCUAUAUAUCUGUGCAUUCCCGUGCGAGACCGGCCCAAUCGAGCCCAAUCUCCCGAGACACGCAGGCGGGUGGACAGAUGGACGGGCACCUGGUCAGCCAGGCCAGUCAGACAGACAGACGGGCAGGUAAGGUAUGUAGGCACGUCCGUUCGAUAGAUAUGUACCUAUGGGCAGGACUGGAAGCAAUGCCCAAAUGCACGCGUACGGCUAGGUACCUAUAUAUGGGCAUAUUAUAUAUGUAUGGAUGUACCUAUGUGCGCGUAUAUGUAGGUAUGUGUAUGCGUAUAUAUGUGCGUAUGUAUGCACGUACGCACACGCCUUGCCUCUCCACAACGGGGAGAGGCAGACAGAAGAAGGAGUUCCGGCGGAAGGGGAUGCGUCGACGGAUAGAGGGAGAGAGGGGGGGGGGGAGCGUGGAGGAGGAGGAUGGGAAUGGAGAAACAGGCGAGAGGGACAGCAGCCAAAGCGACGAAUCAUCAACCCCGUCCAGACCGAAAAAAAAACAUGGUCGAUAAGCAACAAGUACCCGAGCACGCGGACACGCGGAUCGCGGAUCGCGGAUCGCGAAGUAGACGAGAGAAAAGGAGAGGGGGGGUGGACUGCCUCGGCUCGGGACAGGACAGCACGGCAUGGCACAGGACGAUGCCAACCGGUUGAGGAGACCCGCCACGCUCCGUAUCCUUAACAUACAGCCGGAUGAGCCGGGGAAUAAGAGGAGAAAAUGAGAUAUAUGGGCAGCAACAUACGUUCAAUGCCGGGUAUUGGCUGUCGUGAAAGCGGCAAGAAAAAAAGGACUUGAGUUCGGAUCUCGAUUGUACCCUUCGAGCUUUUUUCUCCUUCGUAUCCCCAACCCCCCAAGAAAUUAGU